AUGUCAUGCUGCGAGUGCUUCAGUGGCCUCUUCGAGCAGUCCACGAGCGAGACAGACUCAGUCCCGGCCUGGGCCGUCAUCAUCCGACGAAGGGACGUGAAAGGUGCGGUGAGGUGGUCCCAGAACGUACAAGCUCCGCCGCCGUUGCACCAGGCCUUGGUUUCUGCAGCAGCCAAUGCAAAUCCGAACCUACAACACCGAGGAUCUCUCGCGUUAAACGAAGCUGUGAAGCUUCAGUCGUUAGAGCUUGUCACCUCUCUCAUCGAGGCCGACGCCUCGCCAAACGAGGAGGAUGCCUCAGGUGAAACCGCCUUGAACUUGGCCACACAGAUCGGCGAUGGAAACCUCGUCAAAGCACUGAGGAGGGAUAGCCACAAGAAGAAGACCCGGGAGUUUCAAAAAGGCUUGGUCACGCUGCAGAACAUGCCUCUGUUUGCCAACCUUCAUCUUUCGGAAUUCCCACGCUUGGUGGCGGCUUGCGAAAGCCGCACCUACAGUGAAGGCCAGCACGUGAUCCCGCAGAAUCAGGCGCCUCAGGAGCUCUUCUUCGUGCUGAAAGGUCGAGCAGAGCUGAUGGAGGCCGCGGACGCCCCCGAGCCCGGCAAGGUGACCAUCCUCCCAGAGGGGGCCUACUUCGGGGAGAAUGCCCUCCUAGGUGGCGAGCGGGUGCUUGGCUCCGUCGUUGCCCUCACCGACCUCACGAUGCAGGUCCUCAGUCCCUCGGCGCUGCGAGACCUGGGCCUGAAGAGCAGCAUCCACAAGCGCCGGAAAGUACACACCAUGGACUCGGAGCCCUCCGAGCUCAACGAGAAGCUGCGCCAGAAGAGCCCCGAGGAGUCGGAGCUCAUCAAGUCCGCACUGAAGCAGAACGAAAAGCUCGGACCCUUGGUGAAGCUCAUGUCUGUGGCUGACCUGGAUGUCGUGACAGCAGCGGCUGUGCGCGUUGAUGUCCAGCCGGAGUUCGAGGUCAUUCAGCAGGGCUCUGUCAAAGCCGACCACUUUUACGUGGUUUCUGCUGGUGAGCUCACUGUCGAGAAGGACGGGCAGAAGGUCCGACACCUCGAGCCUGGAGGCUCCUGCGGGGAGCUGGCGCUGCUUUAUCGGGCGCCCAGGGCUGCCACAGUGAGAGCCCUGACGGCAGCUACACUGUUCGCCAUUCAUCGGCAGGAGCUGCGAGUGGUGAUGCAAGCGCCACUGAAGAAGAAGCUGGAAGGCUUUGCGACGCUGCUUGGAAGAGUCGAUAUCCUGAAGCACCUACAAGCCGACGAGAAGGCGAUGCUUGCAGAUGCGCUCAUUGAGCGGACAUUCUACAAGGGCGAGACCAUCAUACAGCAGGGCGAGAAAGGCGAUACCUUCUACAUCCUCUACGACGGGCAGGUUUCUGUCCUCGUCGACAACCAGGAGGUUGCAAAGCUUCAGGGCACCGCCGACACCAAUGCCAACUUCUUUGGGGAGAGGGCGCUCCUGAAUGACGAACCCCGGGCAGCCACCAUUGUGGCCAAGAGCGACAAGGCUGGAAGCAAACUGCAGAACCGACUAAGAUAG